AAUUUGAAGAAGGAGAACAGUAUCAUUCUCCUGUUGAAGCUUCAAGGGUACAACCAGUCAAGUGCGUAUCCUGCUUGUAGCCUUCUAUUCUAUGAUACCAUCAUGAUCGACGCACAAUGGAGGCUAAUGAACACUGGUAGGUAAUCAUAUCCAUGCGAAGCCUACAGUACAUUCAAAGUUCACUCUUGACAGCCUCCGCUCGCUGUCUUGAGACUCUCAGUCUGGUGUCUGCACAUAGUUUGGCCCUCGCUGGAGGUAUUGGAGGGUGCUUUGCUGGUAUCUUGGUUCUUUGGCUAUUAGUCGUCCGCAAACACAAAGCGAAUGUCACAUCUGAUAGGACCUCCGAAUCCGACUCCCUCAUACAAGACGAUCAAACACGAAAUGAUCUUCAGAGGGACCAUACUCCCGACGCACCACUCUGUUCCAUCUGCGCACAACUAGAUUUCUAUCAGAUUCUCCUCGACGACCUUCCAAGAGAUAAAGCGAUUCCACUCGGCUCAGUCUCAUCCAUCUUGAAAAAAUCCGACCAAUGCGGAUUCUGCCGCCUCAUAUCCUCAGUUGUCCGUCGAGCAUGGUUGUUGGACAAGUUUCCUCACCUCGAUCUCUCCGGGAUUGAAUGUGAGCUGUUCUCAUUAGAUUGUGGCUGCCUUCUGGAGCCUACGCCCAAACCCAAAAAACUUUGCCACCGCCUUAGCAUUAAUGCACCGGAUCGCCCUCGGGAGAUAUAUCCAGCCAUCAUGGCAGCGCGGACUUCGCUGGUGUUAGAAAUCCAGCUCAUGGAAGAAGACGCGUUCAAGUUUGGAAGACCGACCGAUCUUCAUGGCCGCAGAGUGAACGAUACUGUGGAUGUCGGUCUGGUGAAGAAAUGGCUCGGGCUGUGCGAGGAAGGGCAUGGAGAUAUAUGUGAAAGUGUCUGGUGGAUGGGCGACAACAGGAGCCUGCCGGGAUUUAUGAGAAUAGUGGAUGUGGUGUCGAUGGCCAUUGUUCCUGCACCUCCCGCCUGUCGUUAUGUUGCCCUCAGCUACAUAUGGGGAGGCAUUGGCGCAGAGUAUUGGACGGCGAAGGAUAAUUUCGCAGAGCGCUCCACGCCUGGCGGGUUGAACAUGACAAACUUCCCCGAUACCAUCAUAGAUUCGAUUCAACUCGUUCGACAACUUGGCGAACGAUACCUAUGGAUUGACACUCUAUGCAUCAUUCAAGAUGAUAUAGAAGACAAGACCAUUCAGAUACACGCUAUGGAUUCGAUUUACGGCGGGUCUUAUUUCACGAUUUAUGCUGCUGGCGGCACGUCGGCUCGGGACCCUCUCCCAGGACUUCGUCCACGAACUAGACCACCGCAGCAGCACAUCGAGGUCGUUCAAGGACUUCAUCUCUCUGUGCCCUUGCCACCACCUAUCGAGGCUCUCAAUCUAUCGGCUUGGAGCACGCGUGGUUGGACUUAUCAAGAGCUUAUGCUCUCCCGCCGAAGAAUAUACUUCACUGGGCAACAAGUCUACUUUGAGUGCAAAUGUGAUAUCUUCUGCGAAGACGUUGUCGCUGAAAGCAAGUUCCUCUCAUCGUCUACCCAACCUUUGCGGUAUAAAGGUGCAGGAAAUUAUACCUACCUUCGAAAACCUACGCAUACCCCACCGGGUCAGUCCGUCAUGGAUUACAUGUAUGCCAUUGGGCCGUAUACACGGCGUAACCUUACCGUGGAGUCAGACAUUGUCGAUGCUAUCACUGCAAUGACGAAUGUCUUGGCAAAAGGCUUUGAGCUUGGUAGGGGUGACCCCGCCAAAUCCUUUCAAUUUGGAAUGUCGUUGACAGACCUCGAGCAUGCGCUUGUCUGGCAACAUGAUCCACGCACUCCUCGCGCUCGUCGUUCGAUCACUGGCGAAGGCAAGUCAGCCUGGCCUUCUUGGGCAUGAGCUACAUGGCGUGGCGCUGUUCGCUACGUGGGGGAAACACUCUAUGCCUGGCUCGAUAGUCAUUCUGACCAACCGAGAGUGACGGAAACGAUUAUC